AAGGGGCAGUUGCUGCUAUAGGUGCAGUAGUCGUCACUACAGGGGCAAUAGUGGUCAGUACAAGGGGCAGUUGCUGCUACAGGUGCAGUAGUCGUCAGACACUAAUACAGAUUCGGCAGUCAUCACUGCAGGUUAACGUCCUUUGGGUGAGCCCACUUGCUGCCCCCUGAAAUCUCCUCCUCCUUCUCAUUCCAUGUCCAGGAAUAGAGCCCAGGCUGCCACCUCCCCCUAGUCCGUGGAUGACUCUUGGGCACCCGUUGUUCCAGCCUCAGUUCCCCUUACAUCAUUUUCCUGGAGAAAUCUGAGCUGUGACUAGACAGGGCUGGAUAUAACCUGAACGCACACAGCUGAUGCCUGCUCUCCACCUAGGUGAGGGUCUUGAUGAUCUGAGCGCUCGCACCACCAGGAAGUGUCUGGCUCUGUAAGUCGAUGGCUUCUGCCCUGCACCUAAAGUCAGAGAGGCCAACGCUGAUAGAAGACGGCAUUCCCCCAGCCAAGAAGCCCAGAAAACUGUUACCAAGCUUAAAGACCAAGAAGCCCCAAGAACUGGUGCUGGUGAUCGGGACUGGUAUUAGUGCAGCUGUAGCACCUCAAGUCCCUGCGCUGAAAUCUUGGAAAGGGUUAAUUCAGGCCCUGCUCGAUGCUGCUAUUGACUUUGACCUUCUAGAAGAAGAAGAGAGCAAAAAAUUCCAGAAAUGUCUCCAUGAAGACAAAAAUCUGAUCCACGUAGCUCAUGAUCUCAUUCAGAAGCUCUCACCGCGCACCAGUAAUGUCCGCUCCACCUUCUUCAAGGACUGUCUCUAUGAAGUCUUUGAUGACCUAGAAUCAAAGAUGGAGGACUCGGGGAAGCAGCUCUUACAGUCCGUGCUGCAGCUCAUGGAGCAUGGUGCACUCGUCCUGACAACUAACUUCGACAACCUGCUUGAGAUCUACGCAGUUCAUCAGGGAAAACAGCUGGAAUCCAUAGACCUCACAGACGAGAAGAAGGUACUUGAAUGGGCUCAGGGAAAGAAGAAACUGAGUGUCCUGCAUAUACACGGCGUCUACACCAACCCCAGCGGCAUUGUCCUUCACCCAGCUGGAUACCAGAACGUUCUUAGAAACACUGAGGUUAUGAGGGAAAUUCAGAAGCUCUAUGAGACCAAGUCCUUUCUUUUCCUGGGCUGCGGCCGCACCGUGGACGAUACAACGUUCCAGGCCUUGUUCCUGGAGGCUGUAAAACACAAGUCAGAUCUGGAACAUUUCAUGCUGGUUCGUAGAGAAGAUGUUGAUGAAUUCAAGAAGCUGCGGGAGAACAUGCUAGACAAGGGAAUUAAGGUCAUCUCCUAUGGCACGGAGUACUAUGACCUCCCCGAAUACUUUGAGAGACUAGCAAAUGAAAUCUCCACAAGAGGACGCACAGGAGUAACCAGGGAGGUCCCCCUGAAAAAUGGCCCCAGCCUUGCAAAUUGUCAGAGCAAAGGGCAAUCAAUUGAUCAACAGUUAAGCUUCGAGGAGGAGGAGGAUUCUUGUGAAUCCAGGGGCCAGAUUCUCCCAUUUUUUCUUGAGGACCCUGAGAACUCUAGAACUGACAGGUCCACACAGACGGAUCGAGAACAGAGCACUCUGUCGUCCGCAGUACCCGUGAUGCCUCUGUCAAUGGAUCUGCCGCGCUCGAAUUGUCGCCGGAAAUCAUCUGCACAGCUGCCUCAUACGCUCUACAGCCAGACCUUAUGGACGCAGGAGGAGCAGCUGAGGAGCUUCACAGACGCACAGGAAGGAUUGCGGAAAGGAAUAAUGACCAAGGUGAAUGCGUUACACUUAGAGUUGUGUCAGCUCACCAUGAGCAUUAACAGAAACAGCGGCGUGUUUAAAAAGAUCUUGAACCUGGAGACGGAGAGAAACCAUCUGCUCAGUCACAUGAACUCCAACAUCGGCAAACUCGCCGCAAGUUUACGUGUAUUGGCGAUCGAGCAAAGUGCCAACCAGCAAGAGCUACAAACCUUAUUUGACCAGCAGAGGGCAGGACCUGAGGAAACAACCCCUGGACUGUCACCUUUACCCCCCUCAGUCACAUUAACUCCUCCUCCCUCCCAGUACCGCUACUCCAUGAGAGCCAGAGCAGUGCCUCCCCCUGCCCUAAGCUACAACUCAGACCUAAGGCCCCGGCCUGCUAAGAGGGGACGGAAAUAAGUGUCUUUCAUGAAUAGGAUCUUUGAGUUUUUCAGAUGAAGAAAACGUUUUUUCCCCCCCUAAUUUCUAGGAAAAUAUAAAGCUCCUGAUAUUCUGUGUUGUACAAUUAAACGCUUUGAA